AUAACCCAUGAUAUCUCUAAAAAAAAAAACCGCAUUUCUGGCGCACUAUAGCUCCUACGACUAUUUAGUGAUGCUGUUCGGACUCACGAGCGCACCCGCCAUGUUCCAGGCCGAGAUGAAUCAUAUUGUCUGCUCUCUAUUUGACGAGUGUGGUGUGGUGUACUUGGACGAUAUCCCAAUAUACUCCAAGACAAUCAAGCGUAGAGGCGUACAAUCAAGCUCUAUCCUUAAACCAAAGAAAAUGCCCGACUCUUCAUCACAACAGUUGUUUGCCUGCAUGGGAUCCCGUCAGCAACCAUUUCGGACGGAGACACGCGAUUCACCAGCAACUUCUGGCGGCACCUGUAGGACCAGUUCGGAACACGGUUACUAUUCUCAUCCUCAAGUCACCCUGAAACUGACGGCCGGACUGAGCAAGCCAAUCGGUCAAUGGAACAGCUGAUUCGUGCCACGCGCAAUGAUGUGGCUGA